AUGGCUCGCACCAGCGAGCCCGCUCCUGCGGAGUAUUCUCCUCUUUUGCGAAGGACGACCAAGCAAUCCCUCUUCCGCAUCUGCGACCACAUCUCCGCACUCGUGGAUGCGCAGAUGCGGUCCACUUAUCGCACCCGCGAUCCCAGCUGGGCUAAGCUAUUUUCGCACCUGCGAUUACCAGCUCGCUUUUGCGAGCCCGCACCUAUGGUCAAUCCCUCCGCAGAGAUUCUCUCGGAGAGAGGCUACUCUUUCACCACUACGGCUGAGCGGGAAAUUGUUAGAGAUAUGAAGGAGAAGCUGGCUUACAUUGCUCUUGACUACGAACAAGAACAUGAAACAGCAAAGACUAGCUCAUCUGUGGAGAAGAACUAUGAGCUGCCUGAUGGACAGGUUAUCACCAUUGCCCGUGCUGAGAGAUUCCGCUGUCCAGAAGUGCUAUACCAACCCUCGAUGAUUGGAAUGGAAGCUGCUGGCAUUCACGAAACCACAUACAAUUCCAUAAUGAAAUGUGACGUCGAUAUCAGAAAGGAUAUACGGAAAUAUUGUCCUCAUAUGGUUCCACAAAGUUGGCAGGAAUUGCUGAUCGAUAGGAUGAGCAAGGAAAUUACAGCAUUAGCCCCAACUAGUAUGAAGAUCAAGGUUGUUGCCUCACCUGAGAGGAAGUAUAGUGUAUGGAUCGGAGGAUCUAUUUUGGCUUCCCUCAGCACAUUCCAGCAGAUGUGGAUAGCAAAGGCAGAGUACGAUGAAUCUGGGCCUUCAAUUGUUCACAGAAAAUGCUUCUAA